AAUGAACUGGGAAUGAAGAGAAGCUUCACGUUUGAAUAAGCCUAAUUCGCAAAAAUUUGGUUCCAAAAUAUUUAUUCGUGAUUUCUUCAAGCUAAAACACAUUUUAUUUUACUGGAGCACAUGGUUUGGCUACUUUACACUCCGAUUGGAUAGCUGCAAGAGGGCCCAAUUUUGUGUUACCAUGGAAACUACAGUGAACUGAACAGAACUGAGAGCUUUGCGCGAGCAUUUCGUGCGAGUGCGCAAGCAACUAGAGGCGGCAAAGUUCAAAUUCGUGAGAAGACACUGAGAAGCCAGCGGCCGAUCCUUUUUCAAUUUGGGUCCUAGAGUAAGUGGUGACUGGCGAACCAAGUGAUCUUUCAUCAUGGGGAAGACGGCGACCCAGCAGGUUAACAAGAAUGCCAUCACACUGAAGGGCUCGGCAGAAAUCGUCGCCGAAUUUUUCAAUUUCGGCAUCAACUCAAUACUCUACCAGCGCGGCAUUUACCCGGCCGAGUCGUUCAGACCGGCCCAGAAGUACGACCUCACACUGUGGCUGUCACAGGACAAGGAGGUCAAUGGAUAUCUCAGCAACAUCAUGGAACAGAUCAAAGUGUGGCUGGAGGCCCGUGUCGUCCAGCGAUUGGUUCUCGUUAUAUCUAACGUGGAUACCAAGGAGGUACUGGAGCGAUGGGAGUUUAUCGUGGCCAACGAGGGAGCGACGGCGGUGGACGGCUCUGAAGUGACGGGAAAUAAAGACCCGAAGGCGAUUCGUAAAGAAGUACAGAACGUCAUUCGCCAGAUCACUGCGUCAGUGACUUUUCUGCCUCUGCUCGACUGUCCGUGCUCGUUCAACUUGCUCAUCCACACUUCCCGGGACGCCGAGGUGCCGGACAAAUGGGAUGAUAGCCCGCCGGGCUUCAUCGCUAACUCUGAACAGGUGAAGCUGCGAUCGUUCAGUACCAGCGUUCAUCGGGUGGACACGGUGGUGUCUUACAAGUGUGACGGCUGAACAGUGCCUUCUGCGGGGAGGUGCCAUGGACUUGAGUGCGCGAGGGGCGAGUACAUUGUGAAGAAAUGGGGAUGUGGAAGUUUUGGUGAGAGAUGAGAGACUUUGGGGAAGAUGUGACAGGAUUAGUGGAGAGUGAUUGGUUUUGGAUGUGAAGAACGUGUAGAUAAAAGAUUGUAAGAUCUGAGUCUUCCUAACGAAAAGAAACUUGGCGAAAGAUUGAUGCGAAAAGAUGGUGUACGUGAACACUGUAUGAAAUGAUUUGACGUCCAAUAUAAUGUGCUCUAAGA